UCUCUUAUCUCAACUGUCCGUCUCUACUUAGAGCCAGGAGCUCGUCUACCUUCAGUCCAGUGAAGAGGAACCAGCAGCGCUCACCAUGUUCUCUGUGCUUUCCCUGCUUCUACUGGCAGGAGCACACAGCGCGACGGCGAGGAUUCACUCUAUGAGGAAUUUCCAUACUGCGUCGUCUCAAGUUCCAAACUUUCCAGAGUUUGUGUAUGUUAGUUUGGUUGAUGACGUUCAGACCGAAUACUAUGACAGCAACACAAUGAAACUAGAGGCCAAACAGGACUGGAAGUUAAAGGCAAAUGAUGCACAGUACUGGGAGAGUCAGACUCAGAUCCUUUUUCGUCACCAGCAUUGGUUCAAAGCCAACAUGGAAAUCGCAAAGGAACGCUUCAACCAAACUGGAGGUGUUCACAUUUUCCAGAUGAUGGAGGGAUGUGAAUGGGACGAUGAGACUGGGAAAGUUAAAGGUUUUCAGCAGUAUGGUUAUGAUGGAGAAGACUUCUUAUCAUUGGACCUGGAGACAGAGACGUGGAUCGCUCCAACACCAAAGAGUGUCUUCGCCAAACUGAAGUGGGAUCAGAAUAAAGCUCUAAUCGCAUAUCGUAAGAACUUCUUCACCAAGGUUUGUCCUUCCUGGCUGAAGAAUUACCUGGAGCAGGGGAGGAGCUCUCUGCUGAGAACAGAGCUUCCCAGGAUUUCUCUCCUCCAGAAGUCUCCCUCCUCUCCAGUCACCUGCCACGCUACAGGUUUCUACCCCGACAGCGCCAUGUUGUUCUGGAGGAAAGACGGGGAGGAGCUUCAUGAGGACGUGUACCGUGGAGAGGUUCUCCCCAACCAUGACGGGACCUUCCAGAUGAGCGCUAAGCUGAAGGUUUCCUCCAUCUCCCCUGAAGACUGGAGGAGGUACGAGUGUGUGUUCCACAUCUCUGGUGUGAAGGAGGACAUCGUCACCAAACUGGACAAAGACUCAGUCCAGUCCAACAGAGAGAAGCCCAUCGGCAUGACAACCAUCAUCAUCAUCAUCGCUGCAGUGAUCGCUCUCGCUGUUGUUCUCGCUGUCAUUGGACUCAUCGUGUACAGGAAGAAGAAAGCCCAAUGUACUUCACUUCCUGUAAAAGAUCCAGGUUCCUCACAGCCGCUGAGAUCAGGUGAUGGAGGUUCUAAUUCUCCAAGUGAGACGUCCUCCUGAACACAGUUUGUGGACGAGAAGCAGUGUCACCACAGUCUCCCCCUUACGCUGGGAACUCAUUGAUUAUUCAUCACUCAAAUCAUAAAGUGAUAUUCAGGGUCAGACAUUGAUUGAAAUACAAACAACACAACUGACAAAUACGGGACAAAAAUGGUGGCGUUGAUUAAAUUUGAUCUUUUAGUUAAAAAUAAGAAACGUAAACUUCCCUCCGAUAAAUGUUUGUUUAAAUAUUGGUAAAUCGAAUGAAGAUUAUUACUUUUUCUUUACCUGGAGUGAAGUAAAACCCAUUUUCAAAAACAAUGAAAGUAUCACAACACUAUUCACAUACAAUUCAUUUAAACAUCAUCUUAGUUACAGUUUAAUAUUCCUGGUGUUUGGGCCUCCUUGUAAAAUCAUUAAAAUAAUACAAAUCUAAAUAUACACAUAUAGAGACCCACACAUCCUCAUUUCAGGGUCUGGAAAUAUAAUCUGUCUCAUGAUUCCAUAAAUCUGUUGGUAUGUGACUCAGGUAUCUCGAGAACUGUCAUUUAAUCAGCUUCACACUGGACCUGUGUGUUGUUCAGGGCCCAAGGAAGUGCAGCGUUGAAUCUGGUGGGAUUUGGACAAGUGAUGCAAUCAAUGUUAAUAGAAUUCAAUUAAGUUUAUAAAUUACACACAAUAAUGAGUUGUUGUCACACACGGACACACAACACAAGCAUCAGUACAACAUUUGUUUUCCAUUGUGUAAAUAUACAGAUUUUAUUUUAUUUCUAAUUUGGCCUGAACAAGAAAUUAAUUAAUCAAGUGUUGCUUGUUUUUUGUUUGGUUAUAUUCAUACUUUGCUGUGUUCUUCACCUUUAAAGGAGACAUAUUAUGCCCAUUUUACCACAGUUGAUAUGGUUCCUUGGGGUCUUAAUGAAAUGUCUGUAACAUUUUUUGGUCAAAAUACCACAAGUAUCAUUUAAAACAGCAGCCUUUUUACCCUGUCUAAAACAGCCCUCCUCAGAUUGACCUGUUUUGAGGGCCCCGCCCCCCUCUCACCCAGAAAUACACUUUGUGCCAUCAGUAGCCAUACUGUACACAAAGGAACACUUUAUAUUUGUGUGUCACCUUUUAUUCUGUAAAUACAAUGUAAACUUUGCUCAGCCGUUACAGGUAUUUGGCAUACAGAAGCUUUGUUAGCUGGUGUUGGGGCUAUCUGGCCCAGAGAAUCAGAGUGGUCCUGCCCUCCUGCGUGGUUCUCCAGAUACGCAGAGUGUUCCCUGAUGCUCAGGGAAGUUAAACAGGGUUCAGACCUGCCCUUGAUUGAACCUCGACACAUAGCUGGCUAUAACUUCCUGCUCGUCAGGUUUCUCAUACUUGGCAGAGAGAUCCUCGGGUAUUGAGAUCUUCAGCACCUCAUUCACAUAUUGGGCCGGGUCCUGAAAAACCUUGUGAAAGAUGAGGUCCAACAGGUUAUCCACGUAAUCUGUAAUUCAAAUCGGAAAAAAGUUGUACAUUUUGCACUUUUUUUGAAUUUAUUAUUUUCUUUUUAUAAUUAUUUUGUAAUUAUAUUAUUCUAUUUAUCGUGAAGACCAUUUAAAGACAGCAGUUAAUUGAUAUGUUAUUUAUGUUUCACAUACUGUUUGUACAUUGUUUGACUUUUUUAAGUGUACAUUGUUUGGCUUUGUGGAAUUUUAAAUAAAGCCUGUGGACUCACGGAAGGUUGCAUCUGCUUUCACCAA